CACUACUCUAAUGAACGUGCAUCUCCUUCACAUGCUGAGAGGAGCAGCAGAUGUGAGGAAGAGGAGGCGGAGGGUUCUAGAAAAAGCAGACCUCAGCUGAGCCCCGAGCACAUUUUCAAGCCGCCGAGCGACUUGUCUUCCUCCGCUCUCACUCACGUUAGGGCGAUCCAAGCAGUUGGGAAACAUGAUGAUGAUGGUGGUGGUGUGAAGCCGGCAUCAUCAUCAUCAUCAUCAUCAUCAUCCGCCUCCUCCUCCUCAUCCUCCUCACCGAAUGCGUCACUGCAUUCACACAACAAGCAGGAUUGUUCACUGCAACCACUCGCACGGUCCGCCAGGUGAGUCCAUGCACGUCCCUGCGCUGAGCCCCCAGCUGGAGCAGCAGAGAGGCUGAAGAACGAGCGGCCAUGACACCCUCCAGCUCUGAGGACCCCGGCUUCCUCGGCCUCCUCUGGCCGCCCGCCGACAACCGCACCCGCGCGGAGCAGCUGGGCGCCUUCCCGCCGCUGUCGUCCACGCUGGCGCUGCUGGUGCUCGUGGCCGUGCUGGCGGGCAUCGUGCUGGUCUCCGUGGCGACCUUUCACUUCCACAAGAGGCGGCUCCAGAAGCGGAAGAUCCAGCGCGCUCAGGAGGAGUACGAGCGCGACAGCGGCAGCCCGGCGCGGGCCGCCGGCGCGGCACCCGCCCGGCCCUGCGUCAUCGCCCGCCCGCCGCGCCGCGCCGUCGCCGAGGAGGAGAAGAUGGAGAAGGGGCGGGGCUUAGCGGAGGAGGCGGAAGGUGGAGGAGGUGAGGCGCAGGGCGACGCUGUCGCACUCAGGAAAUGAGACCGUGCGGAAGGAAACGCAAAAGCAAUAAGGCACAACGUUAUCAUCCAUCACUGCUGCUUGUAGAUGAUUAUUGAUUACUACGGUAGUAUCAGGAUAGUCCACACCAGAAAACAAUGACCUUACACAACUCCAGCAACUUUUUCAAACAUUGGACAUUUUUACACCCUCACUUGGGUUUCUACGUCGAUAAGUCCCGCCUUCCUGCGUUGCCAUUGGCCGGCUUCUCGGCGAUCGGGGAGAAAGACGCCAAGGAAACAAAGAAGUUUGGUUUUCAGUUGACUUGUGCUUCGUGAAGAAGAUUUAUUCUACGGAAAAGCAUAUUUAGAUUUUUUUUGUUUUGUUUUGCAUCCACUUUGAUCAUUUUCAAAUCUUUAAAGCUACGAAAAAACAAGUUUGAAAGAAAAUGUGUUAAAAAAGAUAUUGUGUUGGUAUAUAUAUAUAUACAGUGGGGCAAAAAAAGUAUUUAGUCAGCCACCGAAUGUGCAAGUUCUCCCACUUAAAAC